AUGGUUUCUGAAAAAGAACAGGAGAAGGGCAUCAAUGUUGCGCUGUUCAAAGUAUUAGAAGAAGAAAUUGAAAUGCUGAAUGAAACUAACCAAAAGCAUAGAAUGAUUAUAACAAAACUGCAGGUGCAUAGUAAGACAAAGUCUAAAGAAAUCCAUGAUUUAGAAAUGAUGAUAAAGAAAUUAGAUAUGAAUUUAGAGAGUAAAAUCAGAAUAGAGGUGGAAAAUGGAAAAGAAGAUACGGCAAAUGCAAAGGAGAAACUGAGGAAAGACAUUCUAGAAUGUAAAGAAAUGCUACAGGAUAGGGAUGUUAAGCUGUCGGAAUUAGAAUUUAAAUGUAAUGAGUUGAAUAAAAGCAACCAAGAGCUUGAAUGCAAUUAUUCUUCUUUGGAAUGUAACAUGAAAGAUGCAGAAGAAAUGCGUAUUAAAGAAAUACAAUCCAUGGAGGAAAGGUUAAAAAAUUCAUCCAGGGAUUUUGAAGACAUGUCUGAAAAGAAUAGAAUGCUAAAUGAAGAGUUAUUGUGUGCUAAACAGGAGUGCCAGUCUCUUAGUGUAGAGAUGGAUAGUCUUCAAUUGAAGCUUGACACUUUUAUACACGAGAAGAAUGAGCUUUUACAAGAAAAUAAUGAUUUAGAAGUGUCGAACAGAGAAUUGAUCAAGGCAAGAGAAGAAUUGACAUCAGUCCAAGAAGAUUUCGAGAAUUUAGUGGGAGAAAAAACGAUGUUGAUGAAGGAAUUGAAAGAAUUGCAGACCAAACUUGUGACUGAAACAGAACUUCUCAACAAAGAUGUUGAAGAAAAAGAAGUGUCUUUAUCAACUUUAAAUCGUCCGGUGGAAUCAUUAACUCUAAUCAAUACUGAACUAGAAAAUGAGACUUUGUGCUUGAAAGAUGCGGUAAACGAAUUGCAAAGUGCGAGUAAGAGAAAUGAAGAACUUAGCAUUGCGUUUAAAACAAAAGAAGAUGUGUUUGAUCAAAAAAUUGAAAUGCUGAUACUACAGAAUGAAGAUUACGUUGAAAAAUUCCAAGAUUUAGAUUCCUUGCUUAUGAAUGAAAGCCAGAAGAAUACUGGUCUUAAAAAUCAACUCCAAGAAAGCAUAAUAAAACUGAAUUAUAUGGAGUUGUUUAGAAAAGGAAUAUGCUGA